GAGCUAUUAACUAUCAACUGAACCAUCAUUCUUGCUUAUGAACUAUGCUCUCCAGUUAAAAGGACUAGAAAUGCAGGCCGCCAAGUGCAAAGCCAAGACUUCUUUGUACCAUUCAUUCAACUUUUAAAUUCUGUGCCUCUUCUAUUCCAGAGAAAAAUCUCUUGCUGUGUCUUUCUCACUUCUUCUUCAACCUCAAAAUGCAUACAGCAUUUGCUGUGUCUCUUUCUACCCCAUUUCUCAAUCCACAGAAACUUCUAUAUGGAAAUUCCAUCCCCAGAUUUAACCCAACACUGAAACUUACUUCUUUCAGACAACUUCAAACCAGCUGCUCUCUUGGCUUCUCAUGUCAAAAAACUUCAUUUUUAAGUUCCUCCUGUCAAUGUUUCAAGUCUCAAAUCUCUAGUUCAAUUAUAUGUUCGAAUUAUGGAUGUCACAGUUUGAGGGUAAGGGCUGCUUCAGUUCCUGAGAGCACAAGUGAGAAUGAAACAAGUGAUUUCGUCAGGAUUACGCAGCUUGGAGCUAUGUUUGGAAUUUGGUAUCUUUUGAACAUCUACUUCAACAUUUUCAACAAACAGGUUCUUAAGGUGUAUCCAUUUCCAGCAACAGUUACUGCUUUCCAAUUUGGCUGUGGGACAGUGAUGAUUAUCAUAAUGUGGGCAUUAAAUCUCUACCAUAGACCAAAGCUGACUCGUUCGCAGCUUGCAGCAAUCCUGCCAUUGGCUGUAAUGCACACAAUGGGAAACCUUUUGACGAAUGUUAGUAUUGGAAAAGUUGCCGUUUCGUUCACUCACACGAUCAAAGCUAUGGAGCCCUUCUUCACAGUCUUAUUUGCUAGCCUGUUUCUUGGUGAAAGGCCCUAUUUCUGGGCGCUUUCCUCCCUUGUACCAAUAGUAGGUGGAGUAGCUUUGGCAUCAUUCACUGAGGCCUCUUUUAAUUGGAUUGGUUUCUGCAGUGCUAUGGCUUCCAAUGUGACUAAUCAAUCUCGAAAUGUACUUAGCAAAAAGUUAAUGGUUAAUAAAGAGGGAUCAUUGGACAACAUCAAUCUCUUCUCAAUAAUAACCAUCAUUUCUUUUAUCCUGUUGGCUCCCACAGCUAUUUUCCUGGACGGGAUCAAAUUCACUCCUGCAUACCUCCAGUCUGCAGCAAACCAAGGUUUGAAUGUCAGAGCACUGUGUUUAAGAUCUCUUCUCACUGGGUUCUGCCUCCAUUCUUAUCAACAAGUCUCUUAUAUGAUAUUACAGAUGGUGAAUCCUGUUACUCAUGCUGUGGGAAAUAGUGUGAAGCGUGUGGUUGUAAUAGUCUCCUCAGUCAUCUUCUUCCAAACCCCACUUUCACCCAUCAACUCCCUUGGAACUGCAUUGGCUCUUGCUGGAGUCUUCUUGUAUUCCAGGGCAAAGCAGAUUAUAAAACCAAUGCCAAAGGCUUCAUGAAUUCUAUUCUAUCCCAACAAAAUGGCUCUGUUUGUAUGAACACGUCGUAAUAUUGUAGCAACAGUUUGAGAAAUUUUAUAGUAAAUUUGAAACCA